CAUUUUUGCAAUUCCAGUUGACGGGAAACGGGUCACGUCCUGAGCGUUGCAACAAGCAAACUGAGCUCGAUUUAUUCCUAAAAAAAAGAGGGAUUCUCUAUUUGUAUUAACGGGAUAUCGGAGUCAAGAUGUUUUACACGUGUGGACCCAAUGAAGCCAUGGUUGUGUCUGGCUUUGGCCGCUCUCCUCCUCUAAUGAUUGCUGGUGGAAGAGUGUUUGUCUUCCCAUGUAUUCAGCAGAUCCAGAGAAUCACGCUCAACACCCUGACUCUAAAUGUGAAGAGUGACAAAGUCUACACCCGCCACGGUGUCCCUAUCUCUGUCACUGGCAUUGCACAGGUGAAGAUCCAGGGCCAGAACAAAGAGAUGCUGGCCACUGCUUGCCAAAUGUUUAUGGGUAAGUCAGAGGCUGAGAUUGCCCAGAUUGCCCUAGAAACACUGGAGGGACAUCAGAGAGCCAUCAUCGCCCAUUUGACUGUGGAGGAGAUCUACCAGGACCGUAAGAAGUUCUCCGAGCAGGUGUUUAAGGUGGCCUCCUCUGACCUGGUCAACAUGGGGAUUGGUGUUGUCAGCUACACGCUCAAAGAUGUUCAUGACGAUCAGGACUACCUUCACUCGCUGGGUAAAGCCAGAACAGCCCAGGUGCAGAAGGAUGCCAGGAUCGGAGAGGCUCAAUACAAACGAGAUGCUGUCAUGAGGGAGGCGCACGCCAUGCAGGAGAAGGUUUCAGCUCAGUAUAAGAACGAGAUCGAGAUGGCAAAAGCCCAGAGAGACUACGAGCUGAAAAAGGCAGCCUAUGAUGUUGAGGUCAACACCAAGAAGGCUGAGUCAGAAAUGGCCUAUCAGCUUCAGGUGGCCAAGACCAAGCAGCGCAUUGAAGACGAGAAGAUGCAGGUUCAGGUGGUGGAGCGGACUCAGCAGAUUACACUACAGGAGCAGGAGAUCGUCCGCAAAGAGAAGGAGCUGGAGGCCAAGGUUAAGAAGCCUGCAGAAGCAGAGCGAUACCGACUGGAGAGGCUGGCUGAGGCUCAGCGCCUGCAGCUUAUCAUGGAAGCUGAGGCCGAGGCCGAGUCCAUCAGAAUUAAGGGCGAGGCAGAGGCUUUUGCCGUGGAGGCUAAGGGCCGUGCUGAGGCAGAGCAGAUGGCCAAGAAAGCAGAAGCCUUCAAGCAGUACAAAGAAGGAGCCAUGGUGGACAUGCUGCUGGAGAAACUGCCACUGAUGGCAGAGGAGAUCAGCAAGCCACUGACGGAGGCUCAAAAGAUCACUAUGGUUUCCAGUGGCGGCUCGGAUGUGGGAGCAGCCAAACUUACCGGAGAGGUGCUGGACAUCAUGACCAGGCUGCCCGCCGCUGUGGAGAAACUCACCGGAGUUAGCAUCGCCCAGGUUGGAACGCCCGCCCUUGUGCGUUAAGAAGAGAGGGAGAGGGGAAGUUAUCAGGAGAGGUGUCACUAAUAUUCAGACUAGGAGUUCCACAUCUCCUCCUCGUGCCUAUAACCACUGUAACAACUCUGCAGCACCGUAGUCUUGUCUGUGUGUAUGCAUGUUUCACUUGUGUCUCUUUUUAAAGUUUGUCCUUUUAUGUGGUUUUCUUUCCAUCUAAGCUGUUAUGCUUUCUGCUGUAGGCAAAAGCAAAGCAGCUGUGAGGGAUGCAAAUAUUGAUAAAGCAAAUUCUUUUUACCAGGAGACAGGAAUUCCCAUCUUUGUUGGUUUAUACUUUACCUAAAGUAUGCAAGUUUUUACUUUUUUGCUGCUGUCAUCUGCAUGGGGACUCGGUCAAUUAGCUGUUAUUAAUGGGGUUUUUUUCACUUUUUAAUGUAGAUAAAUAAAAAGUUUUGUGCCUUUUAGGCCAUUAACUGGUGCUGAGCUCUUUAUCGCAGCAUCAUUCCUCUAAGUCCUGCGUGAGUGUAUUGUUACUGUUGUUUUUAUCUACUAAUAAUUAACUCAACCUAGCAUUGUGUUUAUUUGAUCUCUGUCCACUCAUCCAUGAUAAAAAGACAAAAUUGUGGUGUUGACAGUUUACUCUGCAUGUCUUUUGUAAUAACUGACAAAAGUGGAAGAAUCAGUGGAAGAAUUUUCUGUGUUUCAGAAAGGAGGGGAAGGAUGUGGUUGAUGGGAACAAGCCGAAGUGGUUUUCUGUUGAAAGUAAUGAAAGUAUGUUGCAGUGAUAAAAACAAAAAACAACCGUGACUUCUGACUUUGCUGCAGUGUCUUCAAGAGUUCUGUAAAGAAGGACCAUCACUAACUAAACUGCCUGCUGCUUAUUGUCUUUAUGUCUUUGCUGCCUGGAAUUUUAACUGAUUCAUGGGAGAUACAAUGUUUUUUAGUCUUUUUUUUUUUAGUGUACUGAUUUCCAUAACAAUGUGAUGCUGAGUGUUAUUAUAGAUUUUGACAGAUUUUGCAUAUUGGAAGGUGUUGAAUAACAGUUUGGCCUCUCAUAUCAGGAGCUCUUUUUUCAGACUUUUCUCUAACAGCCAAAAGUUUUCCAGCUGCCAAGCCUUAUGCAUUUUGUUAUUGCCAAGUGCCUGGUCAAAAGUCCUCAACCGUUGAGUCAAGUUGACUUCUUUACUUAAGCCUCUUACACUUCUGUCAGGGAAUUUUUCCACAUAUCCAACUGAUCCUAAGCCAUCGGCCAUCAGUAGCGACGGUCGUAGAUGAAAGCCAAAUCAGUCUCUAUAUGUGUUGUGUGUUCUUGUGACUAAUCUUUUACUUUCCCUUAAAGGAUGUGUUGUUGCAUGUCUGUACUUUUAAGUUGACGUGAGUAGUUUUUGCAUAGCUCUGAAGUUGUAUACAAGUAAAGUAUUCCAAGAUUUAUCUAUAGUGAAAUGUUCUGUAAUAUCUAUACAAUAAAACAUGGUUUAAUCACUGAAA